CCACCGUGCAGUUCUAGCUCUAUGACAAUCAAGAUGAGAUCCAUCUUCACCAUAACUCUUAUUUGGGGGCUCUUCUGCAGAGGGGCUGCUCUCACUUGUAACCAGUGCAUUCCUGUUUCCUCUCCAUCAUGCACAAAUACAGAAACUGAAUGUGGCGCAAAUUCUUGUGGCAGCAUGACAGUUACGGCUUAUGCAAAUAAUCAGAAAUUGGGAAGCAUGAACUUCAAGACCUGUUUGCCGUCGGAGCAGUGCAUCAGUGGGGUAAUGAACUUUGGCCUUGCUAAGUCAACAAUAAACACCAAAUGCUGCAAAACAGACCGCUGCAACUCUCAGGAGACACCAGAGCUAAAUACAAAUUCCACUGCCACCGGGAAGAAGUGUUUCACCUGUCAGGGAGAUGACUGCACACAAAUGAUGUCCUGUGUUGGAAGUGAGGACCGCUGCAUUAAAACAACUGUGAAGCAGAAUGGGCAGAAGGUGACCCUUAAAGGAUGUGCCUCAAAGAGCAUUUGUGUGGGAGACUUGUCUGCACAGUUGGGCUCUACCGCUGUAGGAGUGAGUUGCUGUGAGGGGGACCUGUGCAACGGUGCCAAGCAUGUGGUAGGAGGAAGUGUCCUGCUCCUGUUGGGGUCUGUCGUCUCCGUCCUGCUCUUCCACUAUGUGGUGUGCGUGCUCUGCCACACUUCCAACACCAUGAAGUUCAACAUCAUUCUUGCUCUUUUGUGUGUGCUCUUCUGUGAAGUGACAGCACUGACUUGCUACCAAUGCAUUCCCGAUGGCUCUCUGAAUUGCACACAAACAGAAGUACCCUGCAGUGCCGGAUCGUGUGCCAGCGCGAGCAUUGUGACGUAUGGAAGCGAUGGUGAAAAAAUACAGGAUUUAAAUGUGAAGUCUUGUUACCCAUCCGGUCAGUGCGUCUCUGGGACAGUAAACUUGGGUGUAGUGAGAUCAGUCACGAACACAAAGUGCUGUGCAACAGACCUCUGCAAUUCUGAGAACGCUCCAGUGUCAAGUCUAAAUACCACUCUCAAUGGGAAGAAGUGCUUCACUUGUGAAGGUGUGGACUGCAAUAAAACGCUCUCCUGUAUGGGAGACGAAGACCAAUGCAUUAAAGCAUCAAUGGAGCUGAGUGGACAGAAGGUGACCGUUAAAGGAUGUGCCUCAAAGAGCAUUUGUUUGGGAGACUUGUCUGCACAGUUGGGCUCUAUAGGAGUGAGUUGCUGUGAGGGAGACCUGUGCAACGGUGCCAAGCAUGUGGUAGGAGGAAGUGUCCUGCUCCUGUUGGCGUCUGUCGUCUCCGUCCUGCUCUUCCACUGAAGUCCCUCACAGGAUCGCCCAGCAACACCUGCCCUCCCCUAUCUGGUCAUGUUGUUUCGAUACAAUGAAUAGCCUAAAUGCCCUGUGUCCUUCAAUGUCUUCUGUAAACUAAGGCUGGUUAUAUGUUGAAAUAAAAAAGCGUUUUAAAAACAUU